AUGGCACUGUUCAAGGCACGAAACAAUAGGAGGUCGUCAUCGCCGUCUUACGUUUCAACCUUAACAAUAUUAGCAUUCAUCGGACUAUGUGUUUUUGGUGUAUGGAUGCUAAGCAACAACUCCUCCGUAGUGUCGCCUCAAACAGACACCGUUGAAGGCACGUCUACUCGUACAGCCAUUGAUACCUCUGACACCACCAAUAACGAUUCAUCUUCCUCCGAAGAGUCCCACGAAACCACCACCAAAACCACCGAAGAAUCAGUUGAAACCACCGUCAAAAGCGCCGAGGACACCGCCAAGGAUACUCGUACUACUGUCUUUGGAGACAAUCCUGGUCAUCUCCCCGAUGAUGCCAUCAAGUCUGACGACAAAAAUCCUAACAAACAACAGAGUGCAAGUGUUGACUCUCAGAUAUCAGAGGCAAGUUCGUUAACUCAAAAAGAACAAGCCUCCGAAGCAGCUUCAGAUAAUGAUCAGAAAAAUUUAGAGUCUGAGAAAAUUCAGCAAGGUAGUAUUGAAGCGUCUGAAGGAAACAAAAAGGAUGAAGAAGAGAGUGCCAAGACUCAUGAUGCAACAGAAUCUCAGGAUGUAAAUACGGCUGAAAAUCAAGAACAAAGCACGGCACAGCAACAAGAUGUUCAGAGUUUUGGGUCUAAAAACAAUGAUGAAGAAGCAAAUAAAGAACAGUUAAGAGAUGACAAAGGUGAGAUCACAAAGAAAGAUGAAAAGAAAACCGAGAAGAAGAAAGUGCAAGAUGAAAGUGAAGAAACCAAGAAGCCAAAAGCAGAGAAGAAGGGCCGAAAGUCAAAGAAGUCGUGGUCAACACAAGCAGAUGAGUCACGGAGCGAAAACAAUAGACAGAACGAUGAAUCGGGCGAUGGGGAGAAACAGCAAGAUCAAACGUGGUAUCUCUGCAAAGUCACCGCAGGUGCUGAUUAUAUACCAUGUUUGGACAACGAAAAGGCUUUGAAACAGUUACGAAGCACAAAACACUUUGAACACAGGGAAAGACAUUGUCCUGAGGAGGCACCUACUUGCCUGGUGCCACUUCCAAAAGGUUACAAAAUACCCAUCGAAUGGCCUAAGAGCAGAGAUAAGAUAUGGUACCACAACGUCCCACACACGAAGCUGGCACAGGUAAAGGGACACCAGAACUGGGUGAAGUUAACGGGUGAGUUCUUGACAUUCCCUGGAGGUGGCACCCAAUUCAUUCAUGGAGCUCUCCACUACAUUGAUUUUCUUCAACAGGCUGAAGCUGGCAUUGCAUGGGGAAAGCACACCCGGGUGAUCUUGGAUGUUGGGUGUGGGGUUGGAAGUUUUGGAGGUUACCUAUUCGAUAGAGAUGUUAUUGCAAUGUCUUUUGCACCCAAAGAUGAACACGAAGCACAAGUCCAAUUUGCCCUUGAGAGAGGGAUUCCUGCCAUAUCUGCUGUCAUGGGUUCUCAAAGGCUACCAUUCCCCAGCCGUGUCUUUGAUCUCUUACAUUGUGCACGUUGUCGAGUACCUUGGCAUAUAGAGGGUGGCAUGUUACUCUUGGAAUUGAAUCGGGUGUUGCGACCGGGUGGUUAUUUUGUCUGGUCUGCUACUCCCGUGUACCAGAAGCUUGAAGAAGAUGUCGAGAUAUGGAACCAAAUGUCCACACUGACGAAAGCCAUGUGUUGGGAGCUUGUGACUAUCAACAAGGAUGCACUGAAUCAUGUUGGUGCCGCCAUUUACCGCAAACCCACUACCAACGAAUGCUAUGAGCAAAGGGAGAAAAACCAACCUCCAAUGUGCAAGGACGAUGAUGAUCCAAAUGCAGCCUGGUAUGUACCUCUGCAGGCAUGCAUGCACAAGGUGCCGGUUAACAAGGCUGAGAGAGGAGCCAGAUGGCCUGAACCUUGGCCUCGUAGACUACAGAAAGCCCCAUAUUGGUUAAACAACUCGCAGGUGGGGAUUUAUGGAAAACCAGCUUCUCAAGAUUUUGCAGCAGACAGUGAACGUUGGAAAAACGUUGUGGACGAGCUGAGCAACUUUGGUAUAACUUGGUCUAACGUGAGAAAUGUCAUGGACAUGCGAGCUGUCUAUGGGGGAUUUGCAGCAGCCCUGAGGGAUCUUCCAGUUUGGGUAUUCAAUGUGGUAAACACAGAUUCUCCGGACACACUUCCCAUCAUCUAUGAGAGGGGUCUUUUUGGGAUAUACCAUGACUGGUGUGAAUCCUUCAGCACGUAUCCACGAACUUAUGAUCUACUGCAUGCAGAUAAUCUUUUCUCGAAGCUUAAAGAGAGGUAUGAAUGGAAGUGCAAGCUUGCUCCUGUUUUGGCAGAAGUGGAUAGAAUAGUCAGACCGGGAGGUAAAUUGAUUGUCCGUGAUGAAUCCAGCACCAUCGGCGAAGUGGAAACUUUGUUAAAAUCUCUGCAUUGGGAAAUAACCUCCUCCCAAAAGCAAGAGGGUGUGCUCUGUGCAAAGAAAGGCAAUUGGAGGCCUGAUUCUGUAGCUUCGUCCUGA